AAAAACUUCACAAAAAUGGUCGAAAUUGUCGAAGAACCCGAUGAUCAUCAAUCUUCAUCCACCGGAGCUGGAUCUUCUGGAUCUUCGAGUGCCCCACCACCACCACCACCGCCAGCUUAUUCCUCGAUUUCACAAUACGUUUCGGCGAACACAAUGGAGUGUGUGCUAUUCGCCGCACGAGUUUUGACCGUCUUUUUUGCUCUGAACUACAUGAUUCCGUUUAUUGGAUUGGUGCCGGCUCAUUCUGCGUAUUAUAAGAUCUUCGCAGCUUCCGCCGCCACAUUCGCCCUCCGUCUUCACACGAGAAUUCAAGGACAAUUUGCACUGAAUGCGCAGUUUAUUCAGCGUCUCAUCAUCGAAGAUUCAUUCCAUUAUCUCGUCUAUUCUGUCGUAUUCCUGAUGGCUGCUCCAGUAAGCAUGGCUGCUCUUCCAGUUACUAUCUAUGCGGCUCUUCAUGCUUGCACUUUUAUGACGAAAAUCCUACGUGAAACCGGUCACACCAGCUCAAUCAUCCCAAAACUGGAACAAUUCACUGCUCAUCAAACCCAAAAUGCUCUCGGAAUCAUCGCUUGCUCGGAAAUCUUUCUCGUUCCACUGCUCGUCUCGCUGAUUUUCAGUGGAAAAGGAUCACUGCUCCUGCCGUUCGCCUACUACCGGUUCCUUUCGCUGAGAUACGCCUCCAGACGGAAUCCGUCGACUCGUCAAGCGUUCGCGCAAAUGCGUGGAUCACUUCAGAAUGUUGCGAUGAGCUCGAGUUGCCCCCGUCCGAUUAGCUCACUGAUCUACAGAGCUAUUGAUUUCAUCUCGGCUAGAGCUCCGCCAGUCAUGUGAUUUAUUAAUUGAACUUUUUUUAUAUAUUUUUUUGUUGUUACCACAAAAACACUGAUUUUCUAGAUUUUUGUUGAAAAAUCCAAAAAAAAUUGGUUUUUAGGCUCCGCCCACUUCUUGGAUAUCCGGAAAUUUUAAGUGUUUUUUUUUUUGGAAUUUAUUUUCCAGAAAAAAUAUCUCCAAAAAGUGGGUGGGGCCUAAUAAGCCUUGUUUUUUUUUUUGAAAAAUUAAACAAAAAAUCCAAAAAAUUUAUUAUCAGGCUCCGCCCACUUCUUGGAUAUCCGGAAAUUUUAAGUGUUUUUUUGGAAUUUAUUUUUCAAAAAACAUCUCCAAAAAGUGGGCGGAGCCUAAUAAGCCGUUUUUUUUUUUUGAAAAAUUGAAAAAAAAUCCAAAAAGUUUGGAUUUUUUUGGAAAACCCAAAAAAUCCAGAAAUUCCACAAAAAAAAACGGCUUAAAAUGUUUUUUUUUUUUCAAUUUUGGCUAAAUUCUGGCCGACCAAUCAGCGAAUUGCUCCGCCCACUUUUCGACCAAUCAGAUGAAGUGGGAUUUUUUGAAGCGAAUUCCCCAUUUUGUGCACAAAUUCUAGAUUUUCAGUGUUUUUUCCAAUAUUUUUUUUCUGCCAAACAUCCGAUUUCUUCCCCUUUUCGCUUACAUUUUUCCGCUUUUUCCAUAAUUUUUCAUGUGCUCUUUCAGAUCUUCUCCUCCCCCUUCCUACCCGCCCUUUAUAUUACACAAACGAUUUUUGCACCAAAAAUAGCGGUCUCGCCACGACUUUUUGCUGGAAAUUUUUUUUUCGGCAUUAAAUGGCAGAAAAUAGGCCGUAAUGAGCUUUUUAAAAUUUGAAAAAAAAUUGAAAAAAAAAAUUUCCUAAUUUUUAAGAAUUUUUUUUCCAAAAUUUUCAAAACAAAAAAAAGACUGAUUAAGCCCCGGCAACCUUUUGGAAAUAUCCUUUUUUCUGCAAAAAAAAAAAUUUAAAAAAAAACAAUUUUUUUAAAUUUUUUUUCAAAAUUUCCAAAAAAAACGGCCGGCUUCUGCAAAAAAAUCCAAAAAAAAAUCAAUUUUUAAAAAAAUUUUUUCCAAAUAUUUUAAAUACUUAUAUUCGGUCAUUACGGUCUGUUUUCUGCCUGUUCCGCCUAGAAAUUGUCGUGUCGAGACCCGCUAAAUUCUGAUGCCCUUUCCAUUAUUUCCUCAAAAAAUUCAUAUUAAAUUACUAUCGAUUCUAUCAA